AUGGCAGAAUUAAGAAAUUUGCUCAUCUCGCAAGUUGAAACAAUCGACUCGAUAAAGCGAGUUCUCGUUAACUUCAAGAAAUUAGCGAAAGUUAAUGUUACAUUAGCAAAGACGCAGGGGCGUCUUGCAACGCUGGAAACGCUUUGGACUUCCUGUCGAGGGCUACACGUCAAGCUGCUGCAAGCCACAACUUCGGAGAAGCAGAAGACUGUCUCGUAUUUCCUGAAUGGAGACUUCCUGAGCGCCGAGGAGAUCUACCACGACACGGCCGACCUCCUUUGCGAUACGAUAAGUCGAUUCUCAAUUAAUCAAUCUCCGUUGUUAGAACACAGUACUGAUUCUUCAAUUCGCGAGAGCAUUCAUAAUCACAAUUUUCAGUUGCCACGGAUCUCACUUCCGAAGUUUUCGGGCAAGUUCUCCGAAUGGGAGAGCUUUAAAAAUACUUUCGAGUCUCUUGUCGCGAGUAAUGAUUCUCUCUCGAACACGCAGAAAUUUUAUUACCUCAAAACGAGCGUCAUCAGUGACGCUGCCUCAAUUAUUAGUAAUUUAAAGAUUUCCGACGCUAAUUAUGAGUCCGCCUGGCAGUUGUUGAUUGACGAGUAUGACGAUCAACUUACAUUGAUCCAUACUCACAUUCAUGCCUUCAUGUGCCUACCGACAAUGAAGGCGGAAAACGUCGCGGAAAUGCGAAAGUUGAGAGAUACCGUGUCCGCAUCUCUAGCGGCUCUCACUAAUAUAAAGCGGCCGGUACGCGAGUGGGAUGACAUUCUCGUCUACCUCAUCUCUCAAAAAUUUAGUUCGAAAAGAAGGAGCGAAUGGAAUUUAAAAAUUUCGUCAAGUCGCGAGCUUCCUUCGUACAAAGAUAUUCAUGAAUUCCUCACGCUUCGAAUACGAGGUCUGUCGGACUUCUCCGACAAUCCUAAAGUAAUCGUCAAUUCUAAGAGUGACAAAACGCAGUCCUCCGUUCAUAAUCUUUCCGCGAUUAAGUGCAUUUGCUGUUCCGGCAGUCAUUCGGUAAUGAAGUGCGAGGAAUUUCGUCGGAAAAACGCGACACAGCGGCAUGCAAUCGCGCGACAGAAUCGGGUCUGCUUCAAUUGUUUGCGAGCGGGACAUUUCACGUCGAAAUGCUCGAGCAAAAUUCGAUGCACUCAUUGUCAACGCUCUCAUAACACAUUGUUACACAAUGAGAGUGAUCAAAAUAAGGACACAGCGGAAAAUUCCCGUUUAUCAAAUUCGAGCGUUAAUGCGUCUACUACCACGACAUUGAGUCAAACGCUUUGCACUAAACGACAGAGGACCGAUCUUCAAAUAAAAGGUUUCGGGGAGAAAUAUGCCGGUUCUGCGCGAUCGAGAGUUUCGCUAAAUUUGACGCCGUGCGAAAAAUUGAAUCCUGUUUUUCCGGUCAUUGCGUAUGUAUUCCCGCGAAUAACUUCGUACGCCGCGUCGCGAAUUCGGCCUAUAGAAUCAUGGCCUCAUUUACAGGGCCUUUCACUAGCAGAUCCGGAUCCAUCUAGUCGACAUCAGAUUCACAUGCUGAUCGGCGCGAACGUGUACGGUUCGCUAUUAUUGCGCGACCUGAGACAGGGCUCCUAUGGAGCGCCCACUGCCCAAUCGACCGCGUUCGGUUGGAUAAUCUCUGGACCGACCGGAAGUAAAGAAACUACUUCACAAGAAGUAGCUGUUUUGAAUUGCGUAUCCGCGCUGGAUGUAGACUCUCUCCUCCAGAAAUUCUGGGAGGACGAAGAGAUUCCCACGCCAACUCCCCUCACGGAGGAGGAGGAAAAAUGCGAAUCUCAUUUCGCUCAAACGCACAGUCGUGAUCCUGACGGUUGUUAUGUCGUGAGAUUACCCUUCAAAAAUGCUUUGCCGAUCGAUAUCGGGGAAUCUCUUUCCAUAGCGCGUACAUUAUACGGUCGUCUGGAAAAUAAAUUGAAUUCAAAAUCCGACCUCUGUUCGCUAUACAGAGACUUUCUUACAGAGUACGAGGCUCUUGGACAUAUGACUCGCGUUGGCGAGUCCGAACCCACUGAGAAUAUACCGAUUUAUAUUCCCCAUCAUCCAGUAAUGAGAGAGGAUAGUUGCACCACAAAGCUUCGAGUCGUAUUUAACGCGUCGUGUAAAACCCGGAAUGGCACGUCACUUAACGACCAUUUGCUCAUCGGGCCAAAGUUGCAGCAGGAUCUCCCUGCCGUCUUAUUGCGUUGGCGUGCAUGGCGCUUGGUUUACACGGCAGACAUCGCCAAGAUGUUUCGACAAAUACGCGUGCAUCCGCGGGACGUCGAUUACCAAAGAAUCCUGUGGCGUCCGACGGAUGACGCUCCGCUUACUCACUUUCGCCUUCUUACAGUGACGUAUGGUUUAGCAUCGGCACCUUAUCUUUCGAUGCGCGUGCUUCGACAGCUCGCGCUUGAUGAAGAUGCAAAUUAUCCUGCCGCGGUACCGAUCGUCAAUGAUUCCAUUUACGUGGACGACGCAUUGUUCAGAGCAAACGAUAUCGAUUCGUUAAUAAAUACGCGAACUCAGCUCGCUGAGCUAAUGAAGCGCGGAGGUUUUUCACUUCGUAAAUGGGCUUCAAACUGUAGCGAGCUUCUUGACGAUUUAUCCAGCGAUCAAUCGGACGUUACCGAUCACCUCAUCCUGAAGGACGAAACGUUGAAAAUACUCGGAUUAUCAUGGCUCCCUACGGAAGACUCCUUCUGCCUUACUGUGAAAUUUAAUUUUCCUACCGCGUUAACUAAGCGUUCAAUCCUGUCGUGCAUCGCGAGCUUGUAUGACCCCCUCGGAUGGGCUGCGCCGGUUGUAAUAAACGCAAAAAUCAUUCUGCAAGAGCUAUGGCUUUUACAUUGCGACUGGGAUGCUCCGCUUCCGAAUGAAUUGAGUCAACGGUGGAAUGCUUUUGCUUCCGAGUUCCCGCAAUUAGAAUCCGUUAGAAUUCCUCGGUGGACGGGUCAGAGCCCUGAUAAUCUCGCGUUAGAAAUACAUGGAUUCGCCGAAGCUUCAAAUCGCGCGUACGCUGCGGUCGUAUACUUGCGCGUUUUCCAUUCUCUUUCGGAAUACCGUGUUAGCUUGAUCGUUGCGAAGUCGAAGGUGGCUCCCGUCAAGACUGUUAGCAUUCCGUGGCUUGAGCUCAACGCCGUUGUUUUAUUGAGUCGACUCGUUAAGUGGGUAAUUAAGUCAUUAAAUAUUAUUCAUUGUCCGAUCUAUUGUUGGACGGACUCCACGAUCGCGUUGGCAUGGUUACGCCAACAUCCAUCGAAAUGGACUACGUACGUAGCAAACAGAGUAUCCGAGGUGCAGUGUAAUCUACCCUCGGCCAAAUGGAAUCACGUACCGUCCAAAGACAAUCCGGCCGACUGUGCAUCCAGAGGGUUGUACGCAUCCAAAUUAGUCUCACAUCCGUUAUGGUGGGCGGGCCCGCCUUGGCUUCAACGGCCUUCAACAGCAUGGCCGCCACAUAACAUUGCUUCUCCGAUCUCUACGGAGUUAACUAAGCAAAUACACUCGGAAAGUCGAAAGUCCACUGUCUUUCACGUGGAAGGUACACCGGAAUGGGAUCUCCCUUAUAGAUACUCCUCCUGGACUAAGCUCAUUAGAGUGACAGCCUACGCCUACAGAUUUAUAUCCCGCUCCGCUAAACAAAGGAAUUUUGAAGCUAAUGUUGCGUUGUCUCUUAACGCGGACGAACUUAAACGCGCGGAAAUGUUUUGGCUCUCAUAUACGCAGAGGAAGUCGUUUGACUCCGAACUCAAAGCAUUAAAGAGAGAAGAAAACCUUCCGCGAAAGAGCCCACUGAAGCCUCUUAAUCCGUUCAUAGGAAAAGAUUCCUUACUACGUCUCGGCGGGCGGUUACGGAAUUCCGCUCUAUCCUUCGAGGAACAACACCCUAUCUUAAUUCCUCGGGGUCAAGUAGCCGAGUUAUUAAUUGAUCAAACGCACCAAAGCUCACUUCAUGGAGGAACUCAACUUGUGCUUAGAACACUCCGCCAAAAAUAUUGGAUAUUAAGUUGUCGUAAUGCCGUAAAACAUUGCAUUAGACAAUGUGUCGUGUGUGCUCGUUACGCGAACAAACUAUCAAAUCAACUUAUGGGAGACCUUCCCUCCCCUCGCGUAAAUCCAUCAUCUCCGUUCACGCAUACGGGAGUAGAUUACGCCGGGCCGUUCCUUGUUACUUUAUUAGUCGGUAGAGGACAAAAGACACGUAAAAGUUACAUCGCCUUGUUUAUCUGUCUUGUGACGAAGGCUAUCCACAUAGAGCUCGUUGAGGAUUAUUCCUUUGCGGGAUUUAUAGCGGCCUUUCGAAGAUUCGUUAGUCGACGAGGAUUGCCGCAAUACCUCUACAGCGACAACGGCACGAACUUUCACGGGGCGGACCGAGAAUUAAAAACGGCUUUUGACAAAUUGACAAACGAUAUUUCGCUACGAGCCACUCUUGCAAACGACCGAGUGGAAUGGCAUUUUAUUCCAGCCGCAGCACCGCACUUCGGCGGUCUGUGGGAAGCGGGAAUAAAGAGUCUAAAAACGCACUUGAAAAAGGUAGUGGGUCCGCGUGCCUUGUCUCAGGUCGAAUUUGCAACACUACUUUGCAGAGUCGAGGCAUGUCUCAAUUCGCGUCCCAUUGCUGCGUUAAACGACGACCCGAGCGAUUUGUUAGCACUCACGCCGGGUCAUUUUCUCAUAGGUCGACCAAUAACCGCAGUACCGGAAGAAUCAGUACUCGCGGUAAACAAAAAUCGACUCUCUCGAUGGCAGCUCGUCAACGCAAUGCACGAGCGCGUCUGGCGUGCUUGGUCUCUUGACUAUUUGCAUUCGUUGCAGCAACGAAGCAAAUGGAAGGAUAAGACUGCGAGUUUUUGCGUCGUAAACAAAAUCAGAAAACAAAAUUUAAAACUUACGCGAAUUUGUUCCGGCAAACCCGUUGAUUGGAAUAGCAGCGCUGGGAGCAGCGGCGCCGGGAGCAAUGGCGCCGGGAGCAGCGGUGCCAGGAGUAGUGGCGCAAGGGAUAGCGGUGCCAGGAACAACGGCGCCGGAAGCAACGGCGCUGGGAACAGCAGUGCGGGGAGUAGCGGCGUAAGGGAUAGCAGCGCCGGGCGCAGCAGCGCAGGGGAUAGCAGCGCCGGGAGCAGCGGCGCAGUGGACAGCGGCUUCAGGUGCAGCGACUUCGGAAGCAGCGGCGUCAGGAGCAGCGGUGCCAGGAGCAGCGGCGGCAGGAGCAGCGGCGGCAGGAGCAGCGGCGACAGGAGCAGCGGCGGCAAAAGCAGCGGCGCCAGGAGUAGCGGCGCCGGAAUUUGUUAA